AUGGCGGUCCUUCCCUUGUGGUUAAUAUUUUUGGUUUGUUAUCUGUCAUUUAUCGUGAUUUUUAUGGUUAUUCCCGCGUCAUUGGGGCUUUCCUUUGGAAUUCGUAGCCUUUACUUAGCCACUCUAUAUAAAGUUUUUGAGGUAAGCUUCAGAAAAUUGUUAAAUUGAAAUGUGAACGUGAGCUUCAUGAACUCGCAGAUGAUCUUUGCUCUGGCCAUCCUGUCCAUGUAGUCUUUGUAUCAAGACGUGUUUCGUUCAUCACUAAAUUAUUUGAUCGCCGAAAUCUCGACCCAGUUUUAAAAAGUAAAUGUCCAAGUUUCUGUUCAUUAAAUGUAAAGUAUUUAUUUCAAUUUGUUAUUUAGAAGAGAUGGAUGCGGCGCUCCUUUUGUCUCUUGUGAAUUGAAUGCUGUCCACAUACCGGCAGUAUUCUUUGUAUUAGAUACAAAACAGUGCAGUCGAACCUGUAUUAAGCGGCACCGUGUUAAGCGGUCAGUUUUCAAAGUCCCGAAAAUUACUUCUCUUGAUGUACUGUAAUUUCGACCUCUAGUAAGCGGUCACCUCCAUUAAGCGGUCGCGGUCACCAUUUGCGAAGUCGCAACGAGACUUUUUCUAUUGUCUUAACCUGUAUUAAACGGUCACACAGUGUUCAUACAGUUUCAAAUAAUGUAACGCAUGUGGUACAUCAAUAAUUGAUUUCCUUGUUUAUUUUCACAAAUCAUUAAAACACCAGAAAUGACUGUUUCUGUUUAAGGUCAAGCGUCUGUUCUGAUCAGCACUGGAGAUCUAAUUCUUUGAAACGUAUAUCUUGCAACCUGUAUUAGGUGGUCACCCUGUAUUAAGGGGUCACUUAGCCAUUCCUAAGGGUGACCGCUUAAUACAGGUUCGACUGUACUUGCCAUAUUGUUACUUGUUUACAGCUGUAUACUGGUUUACUGUCUUUUUUCCUCUUAGUUUGGAAGGAAAACUAUCCAGUCAAAGCAAGGAAUGAAAUCAAAUGGUAAUUAACCUAAUUUCAACCACUUACAAAUAAUUUGUACUUAGAUAAAUGUAAAUAAUUAGCAAUAAUUAUUUCCCUGCUAAGAGAGACCUCUUUUCCAUAGUAUUCAGCAGGCAGGAGAAAAAGAGACUCAUUUCUCUUCUAUUUUCUUUUUCUUUUCUCUGCCGCGACAGAAAAGAGGCCUCUGCUAUCAGGAAAAGUAGUUAUUGGAUGAGGCUAUGAUCUAGUGAGGAAUUUUGGAGGUCGAGGAUGGUGAUAAUACCCUCUGAGAUCUCCAUAAUUCUUCAGAUUAUAAGAAGGAUGAAUCCAAUAAUUGUGUCAUUAUUUUUAUUAAAUCCUAGAUAAGAAACAGCUAAAACAUGCUAACCUCGAUACAUGUUUUGCCAUCGUUAUUUGCCUGUUUCUUGGCAAGUUCAGGAGAUUAAGUGAUGUUUGGUUCUGCAGAUAAUCUCAAAUAGCAGAUGCCAUCUGUCGAGUUGUAUUCUUGCUGUUCUUGCGAUGUUUUUUAGGUACACUUGUAGUAGUUUAGCUAUUUCUUUUUGCAUGAAAUGUGUGCAAUGUUCCUCCAUUUUGUACUGCUCUACCAAAACAAUGUAGCCUUGUUCCCAGGGUCACUCGGUUGAAGUCCAUUUUUCUGGCAUUUAGGCUGUACUAUUGAUGUCAUUUUCCACAUAUCACAAACAUUAUCCAAAUUAAUUUUGGUCAAUGCUAACUGGUUUUAAUGAAUUAGCAGUGAGAUUUGAGCCAAAAGGAGAAAAUUUUGAACGAAUAAUAAUUACAGUAAUUAUAGUAUAAUCAAUUUUUUUUUUCACUUGUUGUUGGAUGAAGAACCCCAUAUAACCCUUUACACAAUAUGGCUAAAUAACUAAUGUAAGGGGCCAGCAAUUGACCAUCCUCUUUUUGUAUUUUUUCACUUUAUAAUUGGAUGAAGAACAUUGCACCCUCUUCUUAACAAGUGUGAAUAGCGCUGCGUGCAGUUACUAUUUAUAGACCCAAAACUCAGACAAAAAUUGCAAAUUAGUCACUCUGACAUCAUUCGCGCGCUAUGCUAUUCAAACCUAAACCAAACAUGGCUUGCUUGCACAGUGUUUAACCUUUGGUUUUUUAUGUACUAACAGUGGGAAAGUCUUUGUACAAAUAUAAUUAUGUUCUUUUUCUCGGCACGCACUCCUCCCCAAUGAACACCUGCUGAAACAAGCAGCAAAUUUCAUUUCCUGACAUAACAUGCUGUUAUUAUUGUCCUUGGAGAUUAAUGCUGAUUUAAGCUGUCAGGUUUCAUUUAAGUUUGGCUUUUUGUUGUUUGGCGCACUAUUGUAUGAUGAUGCGUUUUACCACGCGCAUAAGAUUGUAUGGAUGACAUGUACAGUUUUAUGAGUUAUGCUAUUAGCUCUUAAUAAUUAUUAGGUAAUGUGUUUAAAUAAAUAAACUUCCCUCCACUUACUACUGCAUGUAUAACUACUUACUAAUGCUAAUGUUUCAACGUAUUAAUUUUGUAUGAUAUUUUGUGAGAUUGAUUGUGUAUAAGAUGACAAAUGAUGACUUAAUGUAGCCUGAAUUUCAUCCGAUUACUUCGAGUCGUUAUUACUCCCUCAGUAACGUCUGAAUCGACCGGCCGUUAAUGCCGUCCAGUGACGUCACUACUCCUCGACCUUUUCUUUAAUUCAUGCAAAAAGUAAAACAAGAUUUUCAAGUGGCAAACCGAGAAAUAUCGUUUGGAAAUAUCUGCAUGAUACAGAACUGCUUCAUUUUUUUCGAUUGUAAUUCAUGUUUAACGUUCAAACUAUCAACUGCAUGCAGUACAACUCUGAACCGGUUGUACUAAAUUCUUGAUAAACAAACUCUGUCGCAAUCACGUAAUGAAAUAAACACACAAACGGAACACUUAGUUCAAAAACACAAUGAUUUGCUUUAAUUGAAAAGAAGCUAUUUGGUCCUUAACGAAGAAAAAAAAGAAGGAGACAAGAAAGAAAAGCUAACAGAAUCAUUACACUUGACGGUAAAAACAGCAAGAAGGUCGAAUUAUAACAUUGAUCUCAGAAAACUUCACGUAAACAAAAUCACUGGCCGCCGAAACCACAAAGCAGCUCUAAAUGAAAAACCUACCGACUCUCCGCAAUGAUUCUUCAUUCGCAGCUCAAUUAAGCAUUUCAGUUUCGAAAACAAGAGAUAUUUGCUGUUUAAGAUUAAGAUUAAGCUUAUGGAAAUGUUUGAACUAAACGAAAGAAUGCCAGGGAUGCGAUGCGCUGAAUCAUCAAGUGACAAUCUUGCUAAAUUUUUUCAUAAUUAUACAUAAUUAUGCGAAUGUUUAGACAAUCAACCAAUCAAAAUCACUACCCGGUUUUCGGGUAGUGAGUGAUGUCACUGGACGGCAUUAACGGCCGGUCGAUUCAGACGUUGUUGAGAGGAGAAAACGACUCGAAGCAAUCGGAUGAAUUUCAGGCUAGACUUAAUGAUAAAAUAUGUUUGAGAGGUGUGAUAUGUCUUUUUAUUGGUGAGUUGUCUUUAAUCUUGAAGAUGAUGUGAACUGCAGAAAUGCAAAUUCAAAUGAAGAUAUGAUCGUCGCAGUGGUAGUUACAAUUAAUUUUACAUAAUUGCAAAUUAAUUCUAAAAAAAAAUGUUGGGACUUCAAUGGGAUUCGAACCCAUGGCCUCUGUGUUAGUGCUGCAGACUGUGCUGUACCGACUGAGCUAUGAAGACCCAUACAUUGCUCCCAAUGUAUGGUGGGUCUGCUGCCUUUCAUUAUCAUUUUGUUUUGUUGCAUGUACAUCAAUGUUAAACUGCUAGAAAGGGUUAUUUUCUUUUUUCUUGUCUUUUAUAUUUUUGAUAACUCUUGCUUUAUAGACUUUUACCCUACUCCUUAGGAGUUCAGACACUGUAAUCAAGGUUUCACUGCCCUGGGGUACUGCUGUAAUUUAAAAAGUGUUAAAAAGAAACUGCAAAUGUUCUAUGUUAAUUUUUUUUGUUAUGUUGUAGUCAUUGAUAAAACACCAGCAAAACCAACCAAAGGUAACCUUCCCAGGAAUAGAUCAUUUGGAACGUUUCAGCGAGAAUUCCAUAUGGGUGAUGCUGUUGAGUUCUGUGUCAAUGGAGUUGAGGUAAGAAAAUAAUGUUAUUUGAUGGUGAGUGUUUGACCAAUCUGUUUUAAAAAGCAUUGAAAUUAUCAAGAGAGACUUGACGAUGAUCACUCCAAGGGUUUAGAUGAACAAUUUAGAGGGAAAACCAUAAUUGUAUUGGAAAUUAGGUUGAAGCCAUGCACACUUCAUCUUAUGUACAUAUGUACAUAUACAUAUCGAGCCAUUUUUUUAAAAACCAACCUAAUGAAAUUUGCUGUUAUUUGAGUAAAAAGGUGUCAAAAGGCAGGUUUUUUGGGCCCGAUAAGCUUCAAAAUUGCACUAGCAAAGGAAAAGGAACGGAGAAAAAGAAAGAGUAAGGAGGAAGAAAGGAGGAGAAGAGAAAAAAAGCAGUGGUUGUACUGAGUCUCUUAGUUUUUAUAAUGGCUACUUUGAAACUGCUGGACACAAAAGGUCCGUUUGGUGGUAAUGUUUUCAAAAACCCAGCCAGACACAUAUGUAUAUGUACGUAUAGGAAGGUCUUGCAUGAAGUGGUAUUUACCCAUAACUGACGUUCAAAUGUUGUAUAAUUAAAGUAGGUUACCAAUAGCUGAAUAGAUUUCCCUGAAUUAGACUCUCUGGUUGAAUACUUUUCCAUUUACUUCAAUGAUCAAAAUGAUUUACUAUGCACUAAACUCAAAAUUCUAUUUAUCUUCAUCUAUCCCAGUGUGGGGCAAGGUUUGCAACAAAAGUCAAAUACUUAACUUGUGCCUCAUUUUCCAAGAAUAUUUUCAAUUUGUGAGUAAUUUUUUUGCCUCAGCGGAUGAGGUAUUUUGCCAUGGCUAAAAUUCUACUAUCAAAGCUUUUCCUGCUUUCUAUAUCACCAUAACACCAGAUUAAAGCAUUGAAUUCUAUUUCCUUUAACCAUUUUCCUUGUAAAAUUUCAGUAAUUUCUUAAUUUUGAUGCCAGACUUACAACUAUAAAAUUUUCCAGUCCCACGUCCAGCAUUUUUUUAAUGCUUAUCCUAGCAAAAUUAAUAAGGAUGCAAUCAUGUAAUCCAAAGAUGAUUGCAUCAUACAUUUGCGGUAUCAAUCAAUCAUGUUUCUCAUGUUUUCAACUUUGCUUUGUUAUUCUUUGAUUUUACUGUGUGGUAAAAAAAAAAAAGAAUUAUUCUUUUCUUUCUAGGCAAUCAUAGAUGAUGAAGUAACCAAGUGUUUUUCUGCAGAAGGUCAAUAACAUUUUAUAUUUUUAUUGGCUGUUAGAUUUUCUAGUGCAGUCCUACAUGUAGAUUUCUGUUUUGUUGUGCUCUCUUUUUUAUUUACAGAGGUGAUCACAAUGUUAGUAUCAUAGGAGAAAAAUAAAAAUAAAUAUGUGACCCUUCACGCGACUUGGGGGCUUAUCUAAAUUUCACGGCAGGACUUUUCCGCGGGUGGCGGGUGGCGGGUGGCGGGUGACGGGUGGCGGGUGACGGGUAGCGGGUAGCGGGUAGCGGGUGACGGGUGACGGGUGGCGGGUUUAAAAUAUAUAUGAAAAUAAAAUAUUAUAAUAAAAUAUUAUUAUUGAUAAUGAUAUAACUGUAUGUUGUAAUUUAAAAAUAAUUUCAACGUUUAUGUACUAGCUACCAGACUCCAAAUAAAAGUAUUGUCUUGUUUUGUUUUAUCUACUUACGCGGACUAAAAAGAAAUUAUGCCUGUGAAAACAGUCACCUCUCCUUGCUCCGCACCGCAAGUGACGUUUCGUCAGGCUACAUGCGGUGUGUCAAAUGAAAACGAACUAUGUCAAGCAAGACACAGAGCACUCGUGUCAAUGUUAAUGCGUACCAGAGAAGGAGCAAGAACGUUUUGGACACAGCAUGGAGGGAUCUUUUUAAAUACUACUCAAAAAUACCGAAAAAUAAAAAUUUUGUUAUAAUAUUUUAUUUUCAUAUAUAAGUUAACCCGCCACCCGCCACCCGCCACCCGCUACCCCUCACCCUCCACCCGCUAAAUAUGUACUGUUUUCAAAAGUGUUAUUUGCCCAGAUGAAUGUAACAUGUAUUGGUCACUACUUUUUGACUGACGGUAAAAGUUCAGAUCGUUGUAACGGCGAAAUUUUGAGUAUAACAUUUAGCAAUGAGACAAGGAACUUGAAAUGGAGUAUGAUAAAUCAAGUAGAGUUUGCACGUGUGAUGGAUGAUGAUGGGGCUACAAAACUGCAGAUAAGAUCAGUGAGUUCCCACUUUGGGAAUUCAUUAAAAUAUAUUGGUUGCCACGAGAGCUGGUGUUUUUCAAGAGUGAUUGUAAGGAAAGCGUGUAUGAGCUGUAUUGUUCUUUGAGUAAAAGUAACCACUGGUCCAUGCAGCACAAGAGGGGUUAAAUGUGACUGUACUUCAGUCAUGAUCUGUUUAUUCUCCAUCUUUAGAAAUCCAAGGGUAGUUAAAUAAAACAAAUAUGUCACACAAAAAAAAAAAUAUUUGAAAAAAUAUAUUUAAGAAAUCAUCACCAAUGAUGCAUACAUGCCAACUCUCCUGGAUUAUCCAGUAGUCUCCUGGAUAUGACACGAGUUAUGAGGUUUUUGGUGCUUUAAUUUGGAAUUUAUCCAAUUUUCCUUUUGGUUUCUUGGGCAUUUUUGCAUGUAUUUCAUCAAUGAGAAAUAUUAUUUCGCCAUUACUAUCAAAAAAGCGAAUUGUGAUGGUCUGUACCUCAUGUAAGACUUCAUAAUUAUGUCCUAAGCCAUUCCAAUGUGAUAAAUCAGGGACUGGAUCAAAUUGUACUUAUCAGGAGGUCAGGGUCGGGGUCGGGGUCGGGGUCAGGUGGGUGUUCGUUGAUAUUUGGGGGGGGUAAUGCAAAAGAGAGGGUCUUUAGAGUCUAAAUCUUACACAUCCAUUUGCAGAGUUGGUAUCUUGGAAUUUUCUGACCAGAACAAAUGAGAAUUAUCAUUAUAUAAGGUGAGAAUUAAGCCUAAGAGUGGGUCUGAAUUGGAAAACAACUUUUACUAUGGGCAUGUGAGAAACAGGUGUUGUGAAUGCUAAAGUGUUUAUUUACAAGAAGCAAAAGUGUGGAUGUUUUGAUCAUAAUAUUGUUAUUAAAUAAUACAAGUAGACUAAUGGAACUGGAUUAUAAAAUGUUCAAGAUCUAAUCCAGUUCCACCAGUCUACUUGUUUUCUGCUCUAGAUCAACUAUUGAGCACUCUUAUAGUUGAUGAGGACAUCACUCCUUUUAGCAACUGCAAAAGUUGCAUUCAUAAUUAUAAUGAUCUUCUUUCCAUUAAGAUGUUGUAGUUGAUUACACAAGUACAGUGAAGGUGAUCCCUUUGCAUCUAUUAAAAUACACACAGUCAGCCAUAGUAACAUAAUGUAUUUUAAAACUCUUCAAGAUGCUACUGAUUUCUGUCAACUGCCUUGUAUUAUUUUAUAGUUUGAAGGAUUCCACUUUGAAGAGGCUACAUUUUCAAAAGAUAUUGAUGUGCAUAAAAAUACUAAUUUAUUUACUAUCUUUUUUUACAGUGUUAAAUUGACAAUAAUGUGGAUAGUUGGCUGUUUUAUUAGAUACGUCAUUUUAUUCCCCAUGAGGUGAGUUCAGAUGCAGUUGUUAUACAUGUACAUUUUUGUGCAUUGGCCAACAUACACAGUAUGAGAUAAGAUGCAAGUGAGAUCAGUAAGCGUUUAACCCUUUCACUGCCAGAGUGUUUGAUGGAAUUUUGUAAGGUGACUUUAACUUUUGAGUCUGUGGACGAAAUCCUAUAAUGUGACCAUUCAAAUGAAAGCUCUCUGCCUGCACUUUCACAUGGUACUAUUUGUUUUUCAAAAUUUUACAAAAUGAUAUUUUGCCUUUGGCUACAUUUGGCAGGGAAAGGGUUAAUGGAUCUACUCUAAGUGGAGUACGGCCUUUAUGGAUAUUGUGACCCCUAUUGACAGUUUGCACCCUUUCCAGUAUUCACUCACCCCAUGAAGUCAAUAUCUAUAGCCAUUUCAGCAACCAACCUUGACAAUUACACAGAAAAGAGGGGACUUACACUCUUUCCCAUUUGUCAUUUUAAACCUUGUCCACUGGAAUAAUGAUGUUUGGUUUCUUACUUUUGGACAAGGAGAAUUGUGGGCUUUUGUCUAAUAUUGUAUUUCACCUGUUCGUGAGGCCCUACUGAUAAUCAUAAUAUCCCUUUGACUCAUCAGGCUUACUGUUUUCCUUAUUGGAAUGACAAUAUUGAUCACAUCUAGAAUUUUUAUUGCACAACUCCCCAAAUCCAGGUUAGUUAACAUUAAUUUAUAUUUUGCUGUUGCAAAUAAUUGCUUCACUUGUUUGGAUGAUUGUUAUCCUUCUUUGCAUGCCUCUUGUGCUUGCCCUUGCCCUUGCCCUUGCCUUUUCCUUUUAAACGUCUGCCACGCCUGAAUUUCCCCAUCCCCUUCAGGGGCACCCAACAACGGUUUCCUCUUAAAUACAUCGAAAACACUUUUUAGGCUAUCCAGAGUACUUUUAGAUCUCUAUACAUAUAUUCUAAGCUGCACUGUAAGAUUUGUAUCUGUUCGGUCAUCCCAGGAGAACUAGAGUCUUUUCGAAAUUACAAGGGCUUCAGUAUUGUUUUCCCGAGAAUUUAAGCUGCAAUUUAACGUACUACGAAAAUGAGAAUUUUUCUGAUUCUUCUCUCCAUCACAUUUUUGAAUCCGAAAGUUUUAGGUUUCCUUUUUUUCUACGACAAAUAGCCCAACCUAGGGGAAUGAAAUGUGAAAAAUUUAACUGCAGAAAAUCGUAGGUAAUUUAUAGGAUAAGCUCCGAAAAUUGUACAUGAAUGGAACGGUCAUCUAGAAAUUUUUAGCUUUCUUCAAGUAAUAGAAAAUUCUAGGCCAUAUUUGCUUCUCUGAACAGAUAUUUAACAGAAAACAGUCGUUGGGUGUUCCUACCCCUUUCCCUUUUGGCUCCUUUUAACGCCUGCCAUGCAGGCUUGGACGAUGUUUUUCAUUCACCAUUUACAUUUCUUUCACCAUGUUGUACAAUUGCCCUUUUAUUCUUUUUAAGUUCUGUUUUAUUUUUCAUCUUUGCAGCUUCAGGAACUGGCUAGAUACCAAACUCAUGCUGAUCUCAUUUAGAAUAUUUGCAAGAGCUGUGUCUGCAGUUAUCACAUUUCACAACAAGUAAGUCACAUUUUUUUUCACUUGUUUCUUGAACUGUUGUUAAAGGUUUAUAAAUUAUUCCUUUUUUGUCAGGGCUGACAUUAAUUUAUUUACGAGAGAAAAUUAAAGUGAAAAGAAAUGAUCUGCUUAAAUUAACCAAUGAUUAAUUGUGACCCCGGUUAAAUUUGUCUUGGAUGUCAUUGUUGGUUUUUUUGCUCUGCCUUUGUUGACGUGGUUUACGGUCAUCUCGCCACCAAGAAGUCGACUUGCCCCCAACCAGUCGCCACCAAGAAGUCUAAUUACUUGGUGGCGAGUUGGUUGGCGGCGAGUCGACUUCUUGGUGGCGACUUUUUUGGUGGCGAGAUGACCGGUUACCGUUGACAUGUAGUCCAUUUGUUCUUUGGUCUUGCUGAUAGUACUGUCGUGUUUCUUGUUUGAUUCUGGGUCCGGUCUCUUUUAAUGUCACAGAUUGGUCUUGGUAAAAUGUACUUGUCCAAAAGAAAUUAUAGUGAAUUUCCUUAUUUAUUUUACAGGGAAAAUAUGGCAAAGGGUGGAGGAAUAUGCGUAGCAAAUCACACCACUCCUUUAGAUGUGUUGAUAUUGAUGUGUGAUCGCUGCUACUCUCUGGUAAGUCAUUAUUUUUUAUCUCAUGGAAAGUAAAGCCAGCAAGACAACUGAAUAGUCGUUGCACAUUCUGUAUUAUCCUAUGAGUCUUUUCCUUUGUCUUUUUUUUCCUGAAGUCGUGUAUGUUUUUUUUGCACCUGUUAUUAGGUUGGUCAGCGUCAGCCUGGGUUGUUUGGAUUCUUUGAGAAGACCCUUGCUAAGACCCAGGAUCAUAUUUGGUUUGAGAGAACCGAGAUGAAGGACAGAUUGAUUGUUACAAAAAGGUAAAAAUUGGGAAAAGAAGUCAAGCGGAAAUAAGACGCGCGUGAACUGGGGAAUAGGGUAGUGGUGGGUAGAGAAGUUAAAGAGAGAGCCGGUUACUCUCUCCCCAACCCCCGAGCGUUUUUCGCAUCAGUUUUCACGAAGUCUGCACGAGACGAGGACGACUACGAGUACGAAAUUUUCUCAAUACUAAGUAUUGCUCGCGCGUGAACCAGCGUCAUUUUGGCGGGAAAGCGUGAUAGCCAGCGUCGUCAUAAUACUACGAGUUUAAGCGAGAGUGUCGUAUUGGCGGAAACGAGUUCUCAAACGUUAAAAGUUUUAUCAUUCUGAGCCGGAUCAAUUCUGUGUCUUUACUUUUUUGUCACUCCAGUUAAAAUUCAGUGUCCUUUCUUGUAUACUUUGUUGCUUAAUUGCAUUCCCUGCCCAUCCAUUUGCUUAUUUUCUUAUUUCUGGUUAUUUACUUCAAAUUCCCGGUGACUCGAACUUUUUUCGAUUUCCCUAGAAGGUUCGAGUUGUUGUGAGUCGACUGUGCGCGGAAAACCUUUCAGUCAAAUCUCGUACUCGUAGUCGUUUUCGUUAUCAAAUCUAAUGGUCUUAGACCUUGGAGUCUGGAACAGGCUAUAUAAACCAAAAUAAGAUACAAGCAUCUGGCCUGAACAAAGCGUCCAUUACAUUGUAUGACAGCUUCGGAUUUUAAAUGCACCUAUUUGAGCUAGGCGAGACUUUACUCUCAGUCAUGUCCAUUACUGUCGACAUGAUACGAGUGGAGAAACUGGCUUUUUUACAAGUUGUUCAAGUGGGCAAGUUAUGGCUUACUCGUGUUGUGCUAGUAUUUGGAUAUUAAGUUGAUUUUACCUUCCUGGUUACCCUCUAGGUUAAGAGAACAUGUGGAAGAUGCCAGUAAAAACCCGAUAUUGAUUUUUCCAGAAGGUGAGUGACUUUUCACUGCUGCUGUUUGAUGCACUAAAAUACAGUUAAAUUCAAUUUAGAUUAUACAUCAUUGUAUCAGUAGUGUAUAGUUAUGUGGUUUGUAUAGGCGAAUCUUUAACUGACGUCAUUGUCUACACUUUUUGCUCAUUUGCAUGCGAGUUAACCAGUAGAAGGCGUCACCGUAUGCACAAAUUAAAUUCAAAAGUUGAAAGAGUUGGUUAAUUUGAGCAAUUUGAGAAAUUUCACCGUUUUGCAAGCAAUAACGAAGGAAAUAGCGGCCAUCAAAAAGUGCGAAAUUGCCGGGUGGCAAAAACGUUCAUGAGCUCAUACGCUGUUUGUAGAAACUAUUCGGUAAAACGACAACAACAACAGUUUAUUUCUACUAUACUGUAGACAACGAAAAGAAUUUACAAGAAUAUAAUUAUACAUAAAUAAAUAAACAGUACAUACAGUAGUGGACACCCAAAAUAACUAAAUCUAAACUAGUUGGGUGACGGUAAUUAUGACAGUUAAAAAUGUGAAAGUCAUGAACGAGGCACAACAAAUACAUUGGUACAUAUAAAUAUCAUAAACUUGGUUCAAAAGUAAACAUACAGAACAAAACAAAACAAAAUAAAUAAAUAUAAACCAUCAAAAUAUCACGAAAAAACGGGCUCAUAUUUUCGCUGAUGAUCAAAGAAUGAAAGGCAUAUGCUAAUGAGACAAAAAAUGUAAAAUGUAAAAUGUAAGAUUGGCCAAUAUUGUGGUUAAUAUAUAGUAUAUUAUAAGUCUUAUUUAGAGCCGAACUUGCGCUUGCGUUAGGUUCCUUGUUAAACGCUUUGGAGUCUUUGUAUAAAUCGCUAUAUAAAUUAAAAAAUAAGUAGUUAUGUAGUAUUAGUGAGGCGGUAUUUUCAUUUUCUAGCGUAAAUUUUACCCUAGGAACGUGUAUCAACAACACCUCAGUGAUGAUGUUCAAGAAAGGCAGCUUUGAAAUCAGCGGAGACAUUUACCCUGUAGCGAUCAAGGCAAGUGUGUUAAAAGCCAGUCAUUGCCUUUCUUUCGUUGUGAGCUGAUCAAAAAAGAUUCCGGACAUUUAUUAACGUUGUUUAUUUUGAUUCCCUAUACAGUAUGAUCCUACGUUUGGAAAUGCAUUUUGGAACUCCAGCACUGAAGGAUUUGCAUUGUACCUGUUUCUUCUAUUGACCAACUGGGCGCUCGUUUGCGAUGUGUGGUAUCUCCCACGAAUGACUCGUUUGGUAGGUUUUAAAGUAACAUGGCACAUCUUUUUGCUGUCAUGUGGUAACCGUUAGUGGCAGAGCCCUUCUCUUCCUGCUCUGCAGAUUCGAGUUUUGAAGUCGCUACAGGACUAGUGAUCCCCAAAGCAGUUUUCUACUACGCGGUCGUUAGACUACGACUGGUGUUGUAUUUGGAAAGGCACUGAACAGUAAUCACACCAAAACGUGGCCCUUAAACAUGUUCCCGGGGGAUGAGGGACGAGGGAGCCUGUAGACUUUUUUUGAUUGCCGCCGAUUCAUGGUACCGGAGUCACGUGUGAUUGGUUUAAUUGUUCUCCUCCUUCCCUUACUCCUCCCUGUCAGCUCGCGCUUUCUAACUUUCUAUUCGCUUUUUACUCUAAAAGAGAGCCUGUUCCCAGGCUAAUCAAAGCACAAAAGCUGACUUCACAAUAGUCUCUGCAACAGGACUAAGAAGCACCCCAUUCAGUUGUUGACUGGAUUUUGUUAGCACGUGUGUCAGUUCCUUUGGAUCACUCUAAACCCACCACUACCACCCGGCGUAUGGCUUUUUAAGAGUCCUGACAUGCUUUGUAAUGAACUUUUGUCGGUAGGAGGAUGAAACCGCCGUCCAGUUUGCAAAUCGUGUCAAGACAGAGAUCGCUCGGCAAGGAGGGCUUGUUGACCUAAUCUGGUAAGCUAGGAGUAUUAAUGAUAGCUAGCUUAGAUUUUUUCAAAAACGAGGUCCCGUCUUUCCAGCUAACAGUUUUUUGGAGUUAGGCCAAAGCUACUCAUGCAGUUGUGGAUCACCUCGACAAAUUUUUGUUCUUUGGCGAGUCCCAAAAGAUUUUUCAGCAGACAAUUAACACGUGUAAAAUGUUCCACAUAUAGAUUGCGCCUGGCUUCCUGGUGCAAUUGUGUCUCACUUUUAUUUAAGUGCGACCGAAAGUUCCUAGAAGGCUUGAGGUGGACAGGCACCACAUCAAGCGGAAAAUGUGUGGCUGAGUAACAUUACUUUUUAGUCUUCCAUUCAAAACCAAACGUCUACCUUAAGCUGUCUGAGAAAAAGGGCCUAUCUUGAUGAGAGUGACAGUCUUCCUCUUUGAGCGUUAUCGAAGAUGGUUUUUCGAACAAAACUCAUUUGUCUUACUCAUUUUUGUACCAUGUUGGGACAGCCUCGUCCCCAGCGUAUUUCCUUUCCGUGGGGACCGCGACACCUAAGUUUAUUUUUAAAAUAGUUUUAAGUUGAGAAGGGAUUAGCUACCGAUUUUGUGUAGUUGUUUAGCGCAGGUGAAAGAGUUUUUUCUUCGUGUUUAUCAGGGAUGGACAACUGAAGCGAACCUCGGUAAAACCUGAGUUCAGACAACGGAGGCAAGAAGACUAUGCCAGCACUCUGAAAGUUGACUAACCAUACAACAGCUACGGAAAACUGACCCGCGCUGAAAUGAAGCAGGCGCUAGAUACCAAGCUGUUUGUCUCACCUGUACUUUGAGAAUGAAACGGGGGCUAACAAUAAUCAUUUCGUCACAAAAACAGACGGUGUCGAAAUUAAGUGCUGAUGGAAUUCGUUCGUAUGUUUUAGCAUCUGUUUUUUAUUCAUUGUCAUGAAAUUAAUGUUAAACCGAGAUUCAUAAACUCAAAAUUCCUAUCUGUGAAUGAAAAUAAGUAUAUCUGUCCAUCAUAGAGCAAGUUUUUAUUUAAGUAAGUAUAGUGUACAUGUAUCGACCAAUUUUCUCCAAACGACCGUAAGCGAGCGUCUUAUAGCUAUAUAGCGAGUAGGGAGCUUUAGCGUCCUAUGGAAAGCGAUGGCAGCGAAAACUUCGCCUAAAAGGUGAACUUGCCCUGUUUAAAACUUCAUCGCCAUUUUCCAAACUAGUUCAGUUUUUCAACUGCCAGGGGACUUUCUUCCAUUUAAAAUCCUGGGGACCGUAUCCAAGUUCAGGAAAUCGUUGUAUUGCGUUUACGUCGACCAUGAAAGGCGAAAUUAAUUAGAAAUUGAACGUCCUAGCUAUAGUCGAGAAGUGACGUCAAAGAUAUGCAACAAAAAUCGAUGAUGCACGUGCAGAGUUGAUGCUUUGUUUAUUAACCCGUUUUGAGCGACGCACGUCAACCGCCGUUUUUUUUUGACGGUGGUUUCCGUUUUCACCCUUGUCAGUUUUUUUUAUCAUCAAGGCAUGUUAAGCCUCCUUCCGGUUGACGUCCGUCGCUCAAAAACGGUUGUAAUGGCCGCCUCAUGCUUUUUUGUUGCCGUCACCUUUGUUUUCGUGGCAUUAUGGAUGAGCAUUAUGGAUGAGUACUUGUCGCAUUGAAGACUAGUUAAAGAUAUUUUUUAGGGGCGGGUAAGGUGGUGGUAACUAGGGUAUCGAUGUAAAUAAGUUUUUCCUGUAACUUCUGUAGACGGAAUGAUAUUUUGUUAAUGUGGGCUAACUACGUGAUGGGACUUCGCCGAAUGACUCACAUUUCUAAAUGCAGUAGAGUUGUAGUGCAGGAAAAAUACAGAUUAUUUAUAACGGGAUACGCAACUUAACUUAUCGGGAUUGAGAUAUGAGGAUUUUUAAUAAUUUUAAUGGAGUAUAUUGUUUUUGUGUGAGACCGACCAAAAAAUCAGAGGUAAACAGCAAAAGAGACAGGGAGGAAGUGUUUUCCACUUUCUGAACGCCUGGAAUAGGCUAGUUAAAGUGAAAAGUAAUCUUGAUUGUGUUGACUUGAUGAUUUGUAUACUAGCUCUCUAUCCUGGAAACUAAAGUAAAAAAGUAAGUCGGCAGUUAAAUUCAAGUGCUAACCCCAACUAAGCUUCAGCCCCCAGUAAAGGCAGUAAGAGAAUCAGGCCAGGCGAGGGAAAGGAGUUUUGUCCCCGGUGGGAAUCAAACCUGCCCACGACCUCCGGAUUACAGUCAACUCUCACUAAGUCGGACACCUCCGGGGCCGAUACUAAGUGUCCGUCUUAGAGAGAUGUCCGUCUUAUAGAGAGUGAAAUAAAAGGAGUAAAGAAAGGCAGGGACCAAGUCUAGGUGUCUGUUUUACAGAUGUGUCCGUCUUGUAGAGGUGUCCGUUAAGAGAGAGUCGACUGUAGAUCUGUUGUUGCUUUCCCGACUGAUCUACGAGGACAGACGGGUGCAAUUCGUGCGUGAUCAAGGUAGUGAAUUACCUUCACCCGGGCUAAUAAUCAGCUUGGGAUUAAGGCUGGGGCUAUUUGUUUUGUCUCUUUCACGCAAGGUUCCGGCUUAGCGUUGCUUGAGGAAAAAAGAAAGGCUGUCUGUGAGACUAGGGUUAUUUGUAGCAAUUGACACCUGAAUUUUCACGUCAGAUUUAAUUUUCUAUAUAUGCGAAAGUAAGUUAGCCUUAUUCUCGGCCGGUACGAAGUCUACCUCGAGAGAAGGUAGCAGCAGUGAUCAAAAGCGCGAGCAAGGCCGGUUAAUACGGCAAGGGCCGCCAAAGAAAACUGAAGGGAACUAAAAUGUGGGAAAAUGUGAUGCGGACGGGGAAGUCGCUUGUAAGUGCUGUAUCUCCCUUUCCUAACCCUAAGGAGAAACAGGGAGUUUGGAAAAGGGGCAUUUAGAGUACCCCCUUGCAUUUGCCACUUCCUCUCUAUCCGACAAAGGAAACAACCCGGAAAUAUAAGGUGCGGAGGGGGGAAAGUCCGUUAGUCCUUGUCUCAUGUUCACGAGCCGUCUGAGAAUCGAGCUAGAAAAAAUUAAUAUAUCUGAAGAAAUACACAGAGACUAAUUGUAUUUUUGAAAAUGUUCAUGUAAAUUAGUUUUUAUAGUCGCAGGAAAAACGGUUCUGAAAAGUUCAACCUAGGAAUAGACUGCUAGCCCUAGGUUCAGCCAGUAUUCAUGUGAGUUAAUCGACGAGAUGUCAGUACAUUACUAAAUAAAAUAUGUUAUCUCAAUGGG